AUGGCUAUGAAAGAGGAGAGCAUUGAACCUGCAGAUGACGAGAAAUCGAGGGAGGACCAAACAUCCAACGGUGCAUGCAAGAGACAAAGGAUUUCCUUCGUUUGCCAGGCAUGCAGGAAGAAUAAGACUAAAUGUGACAGGGAGAAGCCACGGUGUGGAAGAUGUGUUAAGUACCACCUGAAGUGUGUAUAUGACGUUGAACAACAGAAACCACCACGGGUUCCAAGCAAGGAUGCAAUUAUCAAAAGGUUAACUAGCGAAGUGGAAUACUGGAAGAGUAAGGCUGAAGGGUUUCAGGUCUCUUCGAACGUUAGUACAACUAGUCCCUCUGAUGUGGAAAGCUUGCAUACUAGUAAGAGGCAAAGAACUGGGGAUGGGGCACCUCUGUUGGCUGAUGUUUCCGUUUUGAGCCCUACUCCUGUAAUUAGUAAGAAUAGCUCUUUUUUGGUUCCUGAUCCACAAGAUUUACAGUUCAAUUUUUACAAGGAGUUCCCUCAGCUAACCAUGAAAUAUGCCAUGAAACGUGAUAUCAAGCCUGUUUCUGCGUUUGCUCAUGUAUAUAGGGACAAAUUGUUGUCGCUUUUUGUUGCGUCAAUUUUCUCAAGCGCAUCGAAGAGUGCUCUCAUACACUCCAUUUCCUCAGAUGAGAUCAAUCCUUUCCAAAAAUCACAGAUACAGUUCAGGCAGAAUGCGAUCUUCUUGCGAGACUCAAUGGUACAACUCUGUGAAACUUCCAUGGAGAAACAAAAAGUUCACGAGUUUACUGAACGGAUCAUGGGUGAGCAAAUUGAACAAAAGGAACAGUCCACUUUAUUCGUUUCACUACUUAAGGCUAGGUUGGAAAAUAAACAUGUAGAGGAUUCUUGCUCACAUGGCGUAGUAUCUCCGGAAUUGACAAGAUUAAAGGAUAGUUUGGAAAAGGCCUUGCCUUCACGUGAAGAUAUUGAUCUUUACAAGAUGCAUUUCUAUCAAUAUAUCUAUCCAAUCAUUCCGUUUUUAGACAUCGAGUUGUUCGAAGAAGGUCUUGAUGAAUUGUUGAACCCCAGUGACGGAACAGAUGGUAGGAAGGUUACUAUUUGUUUUGGUACUCGCAAUAUAAGAUCAAAAAUAUGUUUACUCUCCGCCCUUAUCAAUAUCUUGAGAAUCAGUUAUCUAUGCAUGCUCUUCACUUUGAAUUCUUCAAAGGAGGAUGUGUUUGAUGAUUCUACUUUGAAAGUAUUGACAACAAGUCCAAUCACUCCAAGUCUUGUGAUGCUUUCUCAAGAAUGUAUAUCUAGUGUCAACAUUUUAAGUUGGACGACUGAGAAUGGGCUACUUGCACUAAUGUAUCAUUGGGCAGUAUUUGUUUUCACUCCUGAAGAGGGAGAUUGUUAUCUAGGGCAAACUACGGAUGCUUUGAUCUCACUUGUCAGUAACUUGGCCGUCAAUAUCGGUUUGCAUAGAGAUCCAAACGAGUAUAAAGUUCUACAAGAUCCGACGAUCUGUGAUCCUAGGGUAUUCAACUUACGGAAGAGAUUAUGGCUUUGCAUAUACAUUAUGUGCAGACAUGAGACUACUUUAAAGGCAAGAUACCAUCAAAAUACCCAUAUGUCUUCUUUUGCGUAUGCAUCUCCGGAGUGUGAAACAAAAAACUUUUGGUGCUAUGACUUCGGGGAUCCUAAUCGACUUGGCCCUUACAAUGUUAACAUGAUUGAUAAAAUAAAAAAGAGACAUCAAAUAUUUCUUUUGCUUUCGGAAACUGAUGCGGUGACAAUGAACUUGGAUACCCAUAUGACACUAAGUGAUUUAGAUGCGUGGUUCAAGAAGGUAAAAAGCUUUCUCGAUGAAGAAUUUCCCCUUGACGGAUUAAUAAAUGGUGUAAAUACCCCGCAGUUUUAUGACUUGGUAUUAAAAAAUGGAAAACGAGUGUCGGUCAAUUUUACUUACUUCGGAAAUGCUUUAUGUUUCCAAACUCACCUUAUUGCAAGAAUGUCGAUGCUAAGAAUAUCAGCAUGUCUGAUGGUUCACUUCGAAAAUAGGCUCAGUGAUAUGACCCACGAUUAUUCCCAGUAUUUUACGAAAUAUUUCAUCGAGUCGUUCAAAUCACUUCUUGAGAUCGCCAAGAUAUACCAAAGCUAUCUAACAGGGGAUUAUAACGCAUCCUUAUCACCUUGCAUGCUCUUUGCCACGGACAAAAUAUGUGAAGUAUGUCUUCCUUCUAUUCUUUUAACCUUCUUGGGAAUGCUCAUUAGAAUCACCCAUACCGAAUCCUUCUUGAUAAAACAGACAGUUGAUAGAAAAGGACUAUACGGGCUUUCUAGCUAUAUUCCAGAGGAACUGAAAGAAAACGAAAAUAAACUGGUUGCAGUUACUGCUAUAAGAAAAGGUUUGGAAGUUGUCAUGCAAAAUUGGUUAACGCUUAUUACAAAACGAUUAAGAUUCGCAUUCUUUUCAACUUUCAAGGUAUCUAUUUUCUUUGAUUACGUUUUGCAGAUUAUUAAGAAGCAGGAUAUUUUGAACGUAUUAAAGAGAGUCUUUGACCUAAAUUUUUCACCUAAGGUAAGGAGAGAGAUUUACAUGGGAACAGGUAUUGACAUAAAUGACAAGCAUGCCGUUUUGCUGUCUUUAGAAAAAGGAAAUCGGGUCUCUGUUGUAAGUGCAGAAAGUUUCGAGGAAAUUCUAGCAAUGAUGGAUGCGCUACAAAUAUGCAACCAUUAUCCAGAAAUAUCAACAGAACAUAAUGAUCCAAAUGGAGUAUUGCCAGAAGAACCCAAUUCAGUUAACGUCACAGAGAAAAUUGCUCACAAACCAUCUCCAAUACCGAUGCCAAAUGACAAUACAGAACCUACCGAGAACGAAUUAUUGGAGCCUACUAAUAUGACUUCCCUGCUAAACGGUGCGACGUUCGAUUUCUUUGAUUAUGAUUUUUUGUUAGGCCCUACGGAAUAG